UUUACCUGCAUGGGUGGCAUGACAUGCACAAGAAACGAACGAGAAAAACGCUUCAUGGCGUGGCUAUAUGAGCAUGGAGCCGACGUGGGUGCGUUGAGGAUAUCCUCCGACGUCUCAGGCAGCCGUGGUGUUGUUGCGACCCGUGAGAUAGCCGAGAAUGAAGUGACCAUGACGAUCCCAUCGUCAUUGUUCAUAUCCGAGCCAGCGGCGAAGGCAGACUCGACGUUGGGACCAAUCUUUGCCACGCACGUCGACCUCUUCACGCGAGAUGACCCUCUCCUCUCCACCUUCUUAACCUACCACAUCUUCCUCCAGGAAGCGUCCUUCUUCCAUCCGUACUUGGCCAUAUUGCCCCAACCCGAAUCCAUCUUGAAUUGGUCCAUGGAAGCCUUGGGCCAGUUGCAGCAUCCGAAGCUCGUGGACGUGGUCACGCGGCGCAACGACGAGAUUCAAGCCUGGUACGACCGCAUCACAAGCCGCCUCUUUCGCGUGAAUCCGGACUUGUUUCACCAAGACUCGUUUCCGUACCACACGUUUCGAUUUGCGUGGCAAACUGUACAAGCUCGAACGUUUGGCAGGAGGCUUCCGUGGACGGCUCUGGUGCCGUUUGCCGACUGCCUCAACCAUGCCAACGUAGCCACCCGCUACGACUUUCGCGACGACGACCAGUGCUUUCGAUGGCAUUCCAGCCAGCGCCACGACAAGGACCAGCAGGUGUUCAACUCGUAUGGUCGUCGUCCCAACCGUACAGACCUGUGGAAUAUGAUGUCGAGAUGUGUGUUCGUUUGGUUAAAGUUAGGUUCUAUCGUGUGGCUAGAAACGUUGCUAUUGGACUAUGGGUUUGCGCUGCAUGCGAAUGAAUGGGACUAUGUGGACGUUGAGAUUGACACGAUGGACGACUUUUUGCUGCCAAAACCCGAGCGCCGCCGCCUCUUCCUCGCGGCGCAUCUCAUGCCGUUCCCAUCACGCCUUCGCCUGUCGCCCGACACGACCUUGGACGAAGUCCUCCCGUACUUUCGAUGUGCGUCGCUGGCGUCGGCCACUGCUGACACGUCCAUCUUGUCACCGCAAGAACCGGCAGUGGAAGCUCUCGCGUUGACGCGCCUCAGAGAUCAGCUACAAGCCCACUUGGCCUCAUUUCCCACCACGUUGAGCCAAGACGCUGCCCUUCUCAACCACGACAGUGUCGCAUGUGCCAACCAUCGGACGGCACUCGAGUACCGGUGGCACCGCAAGCACAUUUUGCAGCGGGUGCAAGACCUCGCCACGUUGCAAUUGAAAGCGAUCCAACAACAAGAUGUUCCAGAAUAUAACUAGUUAGUACAUAGGCUAGUCGGACGCUUUGAUCACGUGGAGAAGGUCGUCGCGUGUCGCAGCAGACGCAAACCCCAGAAAUCGUUUUUCUAGUAAACUCACAAAUAACUUUAACUGAUGAAAUCAUGACAAAUACCUUGGU